AUGGACUAUAGCCCCUCGAGGCAUCUCCACAGAUACAGCAACUCUCAAUCGCACGCAUCUUCCACACAACCAGAAAUGGCCAUGCUCGCAGCAUCUCCAGCACCGCCUGCUGGCUUCCGGCAAGAUUAUGCUUGGGAUGCCCCCCGCAUCCCCUCCCAAUAUACUCGCCCAACUCAGGAAUCAGCGUCGGUGUCUCUGCCUUCGAUUCGCAUGUUCUUCCCUGAAUUUCAUCUUCCCAACGGUAGCAGCAACAGUCAGCACCAGGAGCCAGCACCUAACUCUUCUUCCUCCACCGAUCCCUCACCAAGCUCGGCAGUCACGGGGCCUCUUGCAUCGCCAGGAUACGUUCACUCAUCGGUGGUACACAAGCGCCGGAGAGAUUCGGUAGACGACGAGCAGGAGCGGGAGAGGGCUAGAUAUGUUCCACGAAUGUAUUAUAGCCCUGACCGGAGUGCAAUGAGGCUUCGCUCUCCAGCCCGUCAUCAUUCUGUGGAUGCUUGGAGCCAGUCUCGGAAGAGUUCAUCUUCGCACAAGGAUACGGUUCCGCCUCCCAUGGAAGUGAACGAGAGAGUUGAACCACGACCAACUCUGCCCAGUCUGCCUUCGUCUCUUCCCUCCCUGGACAGAAAUGCAGCACCUAGAGCGCAUCCUCGUGACCGUUACGAAGACUACCCUGACCACCGUCGCUCAGGAUCUCUCCAGAAUGGACUCCCGCCUCCAUUGGAGACGGGCUCUCAAUACGGCUCAUCAACAUAUGAAUACGGACCACCGCGCCCCAGCCAUAUCCACUCAGUAACGGCAAGCCCUAUCCACAAUUCAUAUGACCGAACUCCAUUCUCAGCAGGGGGCUACAGAGGAUCUUUUAGCGACUAUCCUAGUUAUACCGACCUGGGGCAUAUUGCCGCGCUCUCUGGCGAGUCGAAGCAGCGCAAGCGUCGUGGCAAUCUUCCCAAAGAGACCACUGAUAAACUGCGGGCCUGGUUCAUGGCCCAUCUCUCUCAUCCUUACCCCACCGAAGAUGAGAAGCAAGACCUAAUGAGGCAAACGGGCCUCCAAAUGAAUCAAAUUUCCAACUGGUUUAUCAACGCUCGGCGGCGACAACUACCAACAAUGAUCAACAAUGCGAGGGCCGAAACAGAUGCUAUGACCGGCAGAACUGGCGACAACAAAAUCCUUCCAACUACAGAACGACAUGACCUGGACUCAGGCAGCUACGACGAGGACAUCAAAGCCUACCAACAACAGCGAGCUCCCAACCUGAAGAGGGGGAGUGUGUAA